UCCAGUUAUCACCAUCUUCGCGCAGUUCACGGAAAUAAAGAAGAGUUCCCGCACUUUUGACGGAAGGUGCCUCUCCCGACUCCACAUUUUCACGGUCUUCUUUUGUGCAUGAKCAAAAUAAUAACCUUUACGAGUCUAACGAAUGGUGAAGUUAAAGAAUCUGCAAUGCUCCACUGACAGUAUUUAUGCGGGAGACAAAUGUUUUCUUUCGGUGCCUGCAAUAUUCUCGUUAGUCAGCGGAAUUCCACUGUGCGAUUGCGCAGCAAGCAAGUUACAUCCCGGAAGACGACACCAAAAGAUCAAAAUAUGUUCAUGUAGUCAUGUUGUUUUUAUGUGCUGGAACGCCGUUAUUUCUCUUCACAAAUCAUUCAUGGCAUCUGAUUUAAAGAAGAAGCUGAGUUUGUUCUGCAAAUUAGCUUGUUGAUGAUUUCAUUCUUAAUCCUGAAAAAUGAACGAAGCAGAGUUGUCAGAACUCAAAGAAUGGUUGACCAAUGAAGUUAAACUUCAACGAUACUUUGAUAAGCUAACAAACUAUGGGUUUACAUCACUUGAAUUGAUAAAAGACUUGACAGAAGAGGAUCUAGAUGCUGUUGGAAUUGUACCUGCUUAUCAUCGAACAAGGUUGUUAAGGUUUUGUAAAAAUCUGAACGAUUCGAAAGAUGGAACACUUCAUGUCAACGAUGAGACGUCAGCCCAAACAGGAAGCAAUGAGACUUGCAAUGUAAUUAUUGAACCGUCCAUUCAGGAUGAUAACUCAAGUACUAUCGAACCCCAAGAAGAUAAUGGCGAUUUCGAUCCUCCCCCACUUCCACCUAAGAAAGGCGAUCAGAAAAAAACCUCAGCUCCAAAAGUUCCUGAUAGAGAAUCGUCUCUUCCUCGUGUACCGCAAGUAUCUCCCUUAACUGGAAUCAGUUAUAAUCCCCCUACGAUGAUUUCAGAGACACCAAAGAAACCUCCACCUAUUCCUCRAAGGGCUGAUCUUGAGUCUCAGGACCAGAAUGGUACUGAAAAGACAAAUGGAGACACACAGGUUGUAGAUACAAAUAUAACAACAACUCAAAACAAUGCAACUUCAGUCACAGGAAUUGCUAAUGAAUCAGAUCCAGACAGUGAAAUCUUGUGUAGUCCUGAGACAGUAAUAUCCCCAAAGCCUAAACCUAAACCUCGCAGGAUACCAUCUGCAAAAAUAUUGCAUGAUGAAAAUGGUGAAUCAACAUCACAAAAAGAUGAUGAGAGUCAUUUAAAGACUGAUGUACAUGUAGAUACCAGUACUCCCACUUGUCAAUCAGGUGAUGGAAAUCUACCUGAAUUACCUCAGAAAUUGUCUACAAAGCCUCCACCAAGGCCUAAGCCUAGACUUCCACCUAAUAGACCUAGUUCUGUUGCAGUACAGCCAAAAUCUUUUGAUUCAGACAGCAUUAAUCCAAAAGGAGGUUCAUUGAGUAGAUAUCCAAUGCCACAAUUUACACCUGUUAGUUCUMUAGCACCUACUGAAGAUUCAAACACAGAUACAGGGACGUAUGAAGUGAUUUCACAAGUCACCCAACCCAAUAAUGCCGACAUUGAUGACAUUUAUGACAGCGUUGAUGAUGUUAAGCAACCUCAAGAAGGAUUUGGUAAAGUAGAAAUGAGAAAACCUCAGAAGCCACCCAGUAUAUUCAAAGGAGUUCUAGGUGAAGAGGCCAAAGUAAGAGUGUCAAUGUACGGCAUGAUUGGGUACGAUUACAGUGAUGAAUCUGAAGAUGACGUUCUUGUCACAGAUCCACCAUUCAAGCCUAGAGGUGAUAGCGUYGACAGUUUGUCAGAUGGACGACCAGUUUCAAUUCUACCAACAACAAAAUCUCGUAAAACAAGUGGAUAUCUUUACAAACAGGGCGGACAACAAAAUAACAAGGGGUGGAGAAAACGAUGGUUUGUCUUUGAUGGAAAAUCUUUGAGAUACUACCGAAAUGAGGAAAACACAUCUGAAUCAUUGCAUAUCAUUCCAGUGUCACAGAUGGUGCAAAUAGAAUAUGAUACGAAAGAUAAUGGUCGUGCAAGGUUUCAUCUGGUAACCAAAAAYCGUGUGUUUAUGUUAGCUUCAGACUCGAUAACUGAUGCAAAUCUAUGGGCACAAACRCUAAUGGAGGCAAUAAUCAAGCAGCCUGAGAGUGAGGACAAUGAGCCUGGUAGCAACAUGAGUGAACCAGAUAAAGAGGGGUGGCUUAAGAAACAAGGACACAAUGUUAUGGGAGACUGGAAAAAAAGAUAUGUUGCUAUCAAAGGACAAUACAUCUGUUAUUAUGACACAUAUGAUGAUUUUCGACAUGAAACUCCAAUCCACUGUAUCAUGGCACAACUAGCAUCAGUYAAAUCAGAAAGUCACAGGAGUCGGUUCCAUAUAAGGACACCUAACAAAGACUUUAGUUUCCAAGCAGAAAAUGARUUUGAGGCAGGAUCUUGGRUUUCUGCUAUUGAAGAUGCAAUACAGUUUGCAUUGAGUGACCGCUCUGUUAUAGAUAAAGUUAACGCUAAUCCAGCAAAUGAAAAAUGUGCAGACUGUGGCAAAAAAGAUCCAGUAUGGGCCGCUGUCAACUAUUGUAUUUGUCUUUGUAAAAAAUGUUGUGGUAUCCACAGGAGUCUUGGUGUUAGAUUUUCAAAGCCACGUUCUUUGUUGAUGGAUCAAAAAAUAUGGAAUGAUCAACUGAUAGAGUUAAUGUUAAAAAUAGGAAAUAAGAAUGCCAAUUUACUGCUUGAACACAAGCUGCCAGAAGAUGACCGAAUAACACCUGARUCAAAUGUUGAAAAGCGAAUGGAAUUCAUACAAGCAAAGUACAAGGACAAGAGAUACAGCAAAAUAUCUCAAGAUUAUGGAGAUCCAGUAGCUUUGGGAAAGAGCCUGCAAGAARCAGUAGUGACAGACGAUAUAAUGAAGACAAUGGAAUUACUUAUUAACAAUGCUGCAGUAAAAUUUGUUGAUCCUGAAAGUGAAGACCAAAGAAUACCUUUAGAGCGUGCAAAGGAUGCUGGACAAGACCUUCAAGUUGAACUUCUACGUCAAAACUUUGGAGAUGCAGCAGAUGAUGAACCUCAACAUGUAGAGRAGCCAAGCCAAGCCCCAUCACUACCAGCCAUUGAAAUUAGUCCCUCUCCUGCUGAAAUUCUGGAGAAGUCUGGAUUCCUUAUAAUGAAGAAGCGUUUAUGGUUUACACUGAAGGAUAGAAGUCUCAAAUUCUAUCGUGCGUCAGGGGAUAAAGAACCUUCAGGUGUAAUUGACUUGAGAACUGUGACAUCGCUUGAGAUGAGUGACAAUGAUGGCAAAGCUUUAGAUAUUAUUGCAGCAGAAAAGACAUAUACACUGAGAGGUGACACUGAUGAGGAACUGGACUCAUGGUACUUGUCCAUCAAAAACAAACAGGUUUUUAAUGUUCACCUUCGUUUUCAAGAGCUGGGCUCUGAUGGCAUUCCUCACUUGGUUGCAAAUUGUCUCCAGUUUGUUGAAACUUAUGGGCUUCAGCAAGAAGGAAUCUAUAGAGUUAAUGGAAAUCAAGCUAAGAUAAAAGCUUUAAGACAAUUAUUCAACCAAGAUGCCAGUCGAGUAAUCCUCACACUAGAGGACUACAGUGUUCAUGAUGUCACAGGAACACUAAAGAAAUAUUUACGUGAUCUUCCUGAACCAGUGUUUCCUGAUAAUCUGUACAAAACAUUUAUUUUUUUAACUGGAGGAAUGGACGACCAAUCCAUCAACCAAGAGUUUACUUUGAUAGGAGAGAUGAUUCAUUAUUAUCAGUGGCUGUUUGAUGUUAAUGAUGAAGAGAUCGAAAAAGAUAAGCGUAUGGAGGAUGCAAUGAAGAAAAUUACACAGUUACGCGAGGGCAGUGCAGGUCCAUCCACUCAAGAAUUCACUCUAGACAUAAAAGUUGAAGAGAAGGAUGAUGCAAAGUCUUGUCUUCUCAAGGUUUCUGACGCGAUGACUGCGGGAGAGCUGUGUAUGAAUAUAGUGUCACAAAAACGUUUGCAGCCAGAGAAUAACUGGGCUUUGUUUGAAGUGAUUGAGAAGCUUAAUAUUGAGCGUGCUCUUCAAUUUMGAGAGAAAGUUCUCCCUGUUGUAAUGUCAUGGGAUGUUUUUGGUGAACAUGGUAAAGAUAAUUACUUGAUCGUGAAAGAAAAUCAUAUUCUGGAGAGCAUACAACCUUUUGUUGGCAAUUCUCUAGCACUCGAGGGUCAACUUCAUCUCCGCGAACCCAAGAAAAAAGACUGGAAACUAUCCACAGUUGUUCUUCAAAAUGGCAAACUGGUUAUGGACAAGACUAAGUCAUUUUUCAAGUCCAUCAARUCGGAUAAAUCAGACGCUGACCAGUGGUCGCUCCACAGUCUGCUUGUGUAUGUUGGUGUGCCAACAGAGAAACCACAAAAAAACAUUGAUACCAAUGCUGGUUUUACUGUUGUUGUGAAAAAUGAUCCUGAGCUUGGUACCAUGACAAAGUAUUUGUGUGCUCGGGACAGAACGGAAAUGUUUAAAUGGGUGGCAGCUAUAUUGAAUAUGAAGCAUCCAGAAGGCUUGUGGAAUGACCCAACUACUCAAAGGGUGAGAGAUAGACAGAUGUACCUCGGCCGACAGUCUAACUAUCUUCGACGCCAAGGCUCAUCCAAACAUAUCGUAGAAGAGAUAAAACAUCGUCAAAAAUCACUUCGACGUUCAACCGCCAGACCUACUUCUUGAACUAUSUCUACAAUCAAACUUAUAAUUGUUUAACGAUCUAUAACUUCAAGACUCAAGAGAUUAAAAUUCAUCCAAAAUCUCUACUACAGUCMAUUCCGACAGAUCUAUCCUAGAAAUAUGGCUACGAAAAAAAUAUACAGUUGUAUGUAUACUUUCAUAGACUAAAGUCGUACAGUAUGAUAGUGAAAUAACUGUAUAUAAGUCAAACAAUCUAGAUCAAGUUCUUUAAUAUAAUGAGUAUAUAAAAGUUCCUGCGAGCUCUUUUUUCAGCCGAUUGAAAGAACGCCCUUGUAGAUCAUGGGUGACCAUAAGCUCCAUCAAGCGUCAAAAGCCGCAACACUCGAGAGCUCUUGGUUUUGUCCCUAGCUGGAGCUACUUUCAGGGGUGUAUCAGUUAAUUCAUCUUUCAGCCCAAACAUUGCUCCUCCAUCUGUGCAACUUAAAUAGCUGUAGUAUAAGUUUUAAUAUCGUGGGGUGUAAAACCAGGGAUCACUUGAGCUAAGAGUAUCCUAUCUAUAAGUUUGACCGUCAAAAUAAACACUCCAGAGAUUGAGAAUGGGCAGGUCGUAAAAGCGGAGAAAAAAUCAACGGUUAAUUUAGAUUUCCGGCACUUUUCUGAUUUGUUCAAGCAACUUCCCAUUAAAUGUUUUUCUCUUCCAUUGUAUCAUUGCUCUUUCUCGACUUUGGAGGGACUUAAAACAUGGCACUUCAGAUGUUCACUUUUUCUAGGUAAUGACGUGAUGUUUCAUACAAUUCUUAAAUAAUAGAAAUUAGAAUUAAAAGACAAAUUUAUAACAAUUAAAGGUUAUGGAUCAUUUUUUCAGACCUUAAAAUAUUGAAUUCAUUGUGAAUAGCUUGGUAUUAUUUUCGAUGUAAACUCAGGGUUAAUCUGAGGUUAUGGUCCUUCAUAGACAUGAUGUCCUUUUAUCACUUUCUCUACUCAAAGCGYUGCAAAAGCGCAUAUCUGGUURGGAAGGGCCUUUUCCCUCCCCUACGGCCAAAUUUAUAAAAAUUAGAACUGCAUCCAAUCAAUAAAGAAAGAUUUUAUGCAGUUGUCUUAGAWGAUAACAAAUAAACACCUAAAAUGUCAAUGGUUUUGUAGAUAUUCAAAGCGAAACUGACCGUAGAAAUUCUUAGUUUUAUCACCUGUGUAAAGUCUAUUUUUUAGAUAUUGAAUAGAAUUAUUUUUCAUAAUGUUUUGUAUGUUUAGUUUUAUUAAACAGAUUAACAUUUUAUUUUA